CUCAUCAGGUACCAACCUCACAUCUCAAGUUUGCCACUACCUUACCUACGCUUUGACUCUUCUUCCCCUCUAUAAGACCUCUGAGCGGCGACAUUGAACCCGGCCUUCCUCUUACCUACUCCACUUGACAUCCAACUGCAAGGAUUUUGAACAACCAUUACCAAACCAGAAAGAUACCUAGUACCUCCCGAAUACACACACACACACACACGCACGCACAUACGCACACACACAAUGCACAUUCUUGUGGUCAACGACGACGGUCCGCCGUCGCCUACCUCGUCCCCUUAUGUCCACUCCCUUGUUCGGGAGCUCCAGUCACACGGCCACGUCGUGUCCGUUUGCCUCCCGCACACGCAGCGCUCGUGGAUCGGCAAGGCGCAUAUGAUCGGCCAGACAGUCAAGCCACUGUACUAUCGCCCACCUCCACCAUCGGCGCCCGCCGCAGGCCUGACCGACGACGAUGACGGCCGGAACCAUCAACAGACCGGAACCGGAAAUGGAACUGGCACCGGAACCCAAGAACAGAACGGAAAGGCCCGCCACGGGACAACGCACAGCCGGCCCAGCACACGCCCUGGAACAGAGGAAUGGAUCCUGGUCGACGGCACACCGGCGUCGUGCGUGCAGAUCGGGCUGUACCACUUCUUCCGCGACCGCGGGCCGGUCGACCUGGUGGUGAGCGGGCCCAACUACGGGCGCAACACGACGGCCGUGUUCGCGCUCAGCAGCGGCACGCUGGGCGGCGCGCUCGAGGCCGCCGUGUGCCGGCAUCGCGCCGUCGCGCUCAGCUACGCCUUCUUCUCGCGCAACCACGACACGGCCAUCAUCCAGAAGGCCAGCCGCCAGAGCGUGCGCGUCAUCGAGGCCCUGGUGCGCGACUGGCCCGCCGACGGUAGCGUCGAUCUGUACAGCGUCAACGUGCCGCUGCUCGAGCGGCUCGAGGAGGGGAAAGUGCUGUUCACCGAGAUGCUGCAGAACUACUGGGGCGCGGGCAGCUGUUUCACCGAGGUGGAUGGGAGUGUGGAUGGCGAGGAGGAGGACGAGGAGAGGAUCCGCGAGGCCGAGGGCGACGCCGAGGCGGACGACGCAGGUGUAGCGGCUGCCCAGGGCACGGCGGCGUGCCACACGCACAAGCACUUCAAGUGGUCGCCGCGGUUUACGGAUGUCUACCAGAGCGUGGAGGAGGCGCCGCCGGGAAAUGAUGGGUGGGCGGUGAAGGAGGGGCAUACAAGUGUCACGCCGCUCAAGGCCAACUUUUUCCAGACUGCCACACACUUGCACGGCAAAGAGCUGUCAUUGGGCCGCCCAACCAGGAGUUCAACCUUCGGAGCUGUGGUCAAGCAUUCGGCCUCGACGGUCUCUAAGGAAACCGUUUCUACCGGUGGAACCCGAAAUCUGCCUCUCCAGGCGAAGAAGAAACCCCAAGCCUACGCCUUGAUCGACUAUGACGACGACUAUGUGCAGCCCCUGAUCCUGUCAGCCAUGGAGUCCCUCCUGCCGCCCAAGAGCUACGCCCUGGUCAAGCCGCCGUCGUCUUGGUCUUCUUCGUCUCCGGACAUCUCUCUGGCAGACGUUGUCCCCGAGCCCGGCGCCAAGGUCGUUCAGAUUAUGCCUUACGAGAGCAUUGACUUUGACUACGCAUCGAGGCACUCCGACACCUGUCUGGUCAACAGCUACGUGAUCCGCAAGGCGCUCAUCCGGAAGCAUUUCCUGUCGGCGACCGUCGACAACUGGGUGGCGAAGCACCCCGAUUCGGUCCUCAAGACGCAUGUGAAGCGCAGCGAGGCGUUCGAAGUGGACUACGCCGAGUUCUUGGACGACGCGCUAGUCGAGGCAUUUGACCUGCGGGAGAGCCUGGAGAGGAACGAGUCCCGCCGGACCGGCAGCCAGGAAAAUGACGCCGAGAGCGUGGCGGAGCAAACUGCCGAGGCCACGCCGGCCGCGGAGGAGGAGGAUGCCACCGAAUGGUGGAUCCUCAAGCCCAGCAUGAGCGAUCGCGGCCAGGGCAUCCGGCUGUUCAGCACCAUGGAGCAGCUGCAGGGCAUCUUUGACGGGUGGGAAGUCGGCAGCGACAACGACGACGACGACAAUGACGGUGAUGACGAUGACGAUGACGAUGACGAUGGCGAUGACGACGCCCAAGGUGGCGGAGCCUACAACAACAACAGCAACGGCAACACCGCAGCGGACAAAGACGAACCCAUCAUGACCUCCCACCUCCGCCACUUCAUCGCCCAGCCCUACAUCCACCCUCCCCUGCUGCUCCCGGAGUUCCACAACCGCAAGUUCCACAUCCGCGUCUACGUCCUCUGCGUCGGCAGCCUGUCCGUCUACGUCUACCGCGACAUGCUAGCGCUAUUUGCCGCCAAGCCGUACCAACCACCGGGCUCCGGGUCCGUGGACAGCGCCGACAUCGACCUGGACGCCCACCUGACUAAUACUUGCCUGCAACAAACCUCUUCUCCCUCCUCCUCUUCCUCCUCCUCAGCACCUACAAUGUCUACCACAGAGAAAGAAGGAAGCGGCUCAGACUUCGGCUUAGGCUUAGUGCACCGCUUCUCCGCCCUGCCGCUGUCCCGGGAACAGUCCGCCUCCGUCUUCGCCCAGAUCUGCGAGGUCACGGGCGAGCUGUUCGAGGCGGCCGCGCGGGCCAUGCCCAUCCACUUCCAGCCGCUGCCCCAGGCCUUCGAGGUGUACGGCCUCGACUUCCUGGUCGACGACGCCGCCAAGGCCUGGCUGCUGGAGGUGAACGCCUUUCCCGACUUCAAGCAGACCGGCGACGGCCUGGCGGGCGUCGUGGCCGGGUUCUGGAGCGGCGUGGUGAGAAGGGCUGUGAGGCCUUUCGUUCUUGGGAAUGCUAGUACUAGUACUAGUACUACUACUGGGGAUACGGAUAAAGAGGAGGAGGAGGAGGAGGAGGAGGAGGAGGAGGAGGAUGAUGGGAUGGUCUUGGUUAGGGAGGUUGAUCUGGGACGGCGGCCGGGGCGUAGGUAAUCCCCGGUCGUUCUGACAAGACCAAGUUUGUUACAAACACGGUCAUGAGUUACCUACCUAGUUUCUUCUUAUUAGUCGAUACCACCCCUCUGUGUGGGAUGUGUUGUACGGGAACAAAAACGCGUGGCAUAUGGAACGUUGGUCAGCCACCGUCGUAGUAUUGGUAAAAAGAGGCUUAGACGUCUUACUUCCGGAAAUGGAUGCCAAUCUGUUGGAUUUUUGCUCAA